GGGGCUGGUUUCGGGGUCGAUUGAGACCGGGGCGUCGUGGGAGGGCUGGGCUGGCUGCGGGGCUGUGUAGCGGGGGCCUCGGUAUUAAGUGAAAACGCUUGACCUAACCUUUACUUCCCGAAUAUGUCGUCUAAGGUGGAGGUACUUCAUGCCGGGUCUGGGAAAAAUUUAGCCAUGCUGAAUGUCGCCCCAUCGACGUCGGUGCUUGAGCUCAAGAAACUCGUGUGCAAGGAGCGUAAGAACUUGUACCCCGGCAGGGUCGAUCUGCGCCCGAAACAGAAAGGCAAAGGGUAUGCGGACACGGACACGCUAGCCUCGCUGGGCCUGCACGCGGGCACGCGGCUGUACCUGAAGGACCUCGGACCGCAGAUCGGCUGGGUCACCGUGUUCCUGUGCGAGUACGCGGGCCCCCUGGUGCUGUACCUGUGGGCGUUCAGCCGGCCGUGGCCGCUGUAUGACGCCGCCGCCGCCGCCGCACAGCCCGUCUCGGAGGUGGCCAGGGUGGCUUGCGGCUGCUGGACGUUCCACUACGCCAAGCGGCUGCUGGAGACGCUGUUUGUGCAUCGCUUCUCACACGCCACCAUGCCGCUGUCGAACCUCUUCAAGAACUGCACGUACUACUGGGGCUUUACGCUGUACGUGGCUUACCACGUCAACCACCCGCUGUACACGCCGCCGCCGAGACCCUUGUUCAUCGCCGGACUCGUCAUGUUCGUUGUGGGCGAGCUGGGCAACUUCAGCGUUCACUGGGCGCUGCGCCAGCUGCGCCCGGCAGGCAGUCGCGAGCGGCGCGUGCCGCACCCCACUGCCAACCCGCUGACAGCGCUCUUCGCCACCGUCUCCUGCCCCAACUACACGUACGAGUUCCUCAGCUGGCUGGGCUUCUCGCUGCUGACGCAGUGCCUGCCAGCCGGCCUGUUCACGGCCGCCGGCAUGUACCAGAUGACGGUGUGGGCGCUGGCCAAGCACCGCAACUACCGGAGCGAGUUCGCCAACUACCCGCGCCGCCGCCGCGCCAUCCUGCCGUUCCUACUCUGAGGCAGCGGCGAUAGGGGGGGGGGGGGGGCAAGGUCGGAGCGCAGUUGACGCGUGACCGCUCGCCGUGAACGGGCACGCACCUGUGCGUCCUCCGUCGUUUCGGGCGGGGGGUGGCCGUCGGCGGCUCCCCGGUGACGGGGUUUCCGGCGGCACUGGUCCCGCGCCGACGGCGGGUCGUCACGGCCGGUGGCCAUCCGUCCGGGAUGUGGCGGCGGCGGACGCCACGUGACCGAGCUCGGCGGCAGCGCGGACUCCCCUGGCGCCGCCCCGACAGCCGCCGCACCCGCGCCGCCCCGGUGACGGGGAGCGGCGGUGACGCCGCAGGGGUCAGGCGCAGAGGCGGCCGGGAGCUGACUGCGUGUUGGUUGUGGCCGUCUGUUGUGGGUAGCUCGUGCCUGUUUUAUUUUGGUUGCCGGGACGAAUAUAGGGAAAAGCCAGCGGCGUGAGGUGGAUGCCUGGUGUUGAGUCAUACGUUGACGAUUAGUCAUCGAGAAAAGUGUGGGAGAGGGCUGUUCACAGGGAGAGAUAGUCAGGUUUGUCGACGUGAAGGGUCAAGGGGCACAUGUCCGACAAGGUCCGCGGACCUGCACGGCUGUUCCCUUUCACAUCAGAAAUUGGACCGUUAGUUUGCGCUGCACUUCUCAUUCACAAGGAUAUCGCGGGGCGACCCUGAGCAUGCACGUUGAGAUUGCUUUCAUCCGAAUCUGCACACGUAUUGUUUGCAAUGGCGUGGGAGAUGAAUGUUACGGAACUGUUAAGAGCUCUGAGGACCAUACAGCGCUAGCGGGUCAUUCCAAUACAAAUUGAUCGCCGA